ACCGGUUUUGUGUGACGUCAUCAGCCACUACGUGGUGUAGACUAUACCAAGUAGGUCUUGACUAUACACUGUAGAACAUCGACCUCACAUUCUUUAUAGUCUAAAUCAGUCCAGUUUUCGUGGCUUGCGUACGUCAGACUCUAUAACAUUUGACCAUGAAGGCAGCCCCUCCGUUCUGCCUGUUCCAGGGCCUGCUGCUGGUCUCUACAGUGAUGCUGGGUAUAAUGAUGGGCGUGUUACUGACGGGACAGACUCAGAUACGGGUAUACUCUAGAGAAAGAAGAGCAACAUCUGCGCCUGAACUGACAUACAACUCAGCUCAGCCUAUGAACCAACAGUCAGAACUGACAUACAAACCAACCGAGUCCAUCGAAAAAACACCCCCCAAACCGCCUGAUCUAAAAUAUAACCCUGGCUGUGUACCACGUACAAAACUCGCCUUUAUAAAGACACACAAAACCGGAGGGACAACCUUUAUGCAGAUCCUACACCGCAUCGCUUAUCUUAAGGACCUGUCUAUCAUAAUGGGUAAGAGCACAAACCACGGAAGUAUCAACGAAUUCUACCAUCACGGUAUCAAAAAGGAAAAAUUAAUACCCCCAAAAGAAAAAUAUUACGAUAUCCUAGCCUAUCACACCAAGUACAAUCGCGAAGUAACAGACAAAGCGCUCGGACCAAACGCGAUGUAUAUCACAUUAUUACGCGAGCCACUCGGCCAACUGCGUUCACAGUUUAACUUUUAUUGGAUGGCGAAGUCUUUCAAGAUCACCGGUGAAAACCCUCUUUCACAAUUCUUAAAGGAUCCAGCGAAGUAUGAUCACAGAUCCCCAGGGUAUAUGGCGACAAGAAACCCCAUGUCUUCAGACUUGGGGUUUGGGAAGAAAGAUCUGAUUGCUCUAACAGAUCAAGCUAUGAAAAGUAAAGAAGAAGUAUACUUCCCAAAACCUCCUCCAAUGAUAGAAAGUUUUAUAAAGAAUAUUUCCUCACAAAUGGAUUUAGCUAUGAUUAUGGAAUAUUUUGACGAAUCUUUAGUACUUUUAAAGAGAAUGAUGUGUUGGGACCUACAAGACAUUCUGUACUUCAAAUCCCUUUCGUUUAACUACAAAGCGAAAGAAGAGGAAAUAUCGGAAGAUUUGGUCAAAAUGCACAGAAGAUGGGACGUUGUAGACUACUUUUUGUACGAUCAUUUCAACAGGAGUUUCUGGAAUCGUGUCAGCAAAGAAGAAGGCAACUUCUGGGACGAAGUCAAACACUUUAAGGAACAGAAUCGUCGAAUGCAGACGUACUGUCUCGGAGAAAAUAUCGAGAAAACGGACGAACAAUCCAGUCUUGUCGUCGAAGAGACGGCAUGGAACUCAAGGUUUCUUAUAACGCCAGAAUUCUGUACGGUAGUCAAAUACGGACAGUUUUGUUUUAUGACGCUACUACGGGAUCGCGCGUUUCAGCGUAUAAAGAACAAAGGCAAGCCAGCAAAACCGAUAGAUCCACUGAAAACAAAGAUGAAAUCGUUAUACGAGAAACCGUUGUGUGAGAUUUGUGACAUUGUGUCCAGGGAUUGCACCUUUAACGAGUACCUGACUCAUCUGUACCAUGAUAAGAUAAUUUCCCGCGCAAAAACAAGUUUCCAUCCUUCAGGGAUGGGAGGGCGAGGCAAGAUUGCUGAUCAUGUGUAGCUAUAGGUCAGGCUGUCUGCAGUUUUAGAACAUUUCGCAUGGUGGCAAUUUGACCUUUUACGAGUGCCUGGCUCAUCUGUACCAUGAUAAAAUCAUUUCCCGCGCAAAAACAAGCUUCCAUUCUUCAGGGAUGGGAG